UAUUUUUUAUUUUUCGGUAAGUCACUCUGUCCUACAGGCUAUACAAACUUAAUUUAAAUGUAACUUUAUCUAAUAAAUGACCCAAUAAAUUAACUUCGACCUCCAUCUAGUUCCUCAUUUCAUCUCCAAGUCCAAGUCUGUUUUAUUCAGGUUAAUAAAACAUGGCUUACAAAUGUAUAAUUCCAUGGGUCAUGAUGGCCCAAUGCUUCAUACUAGUCAAUAAUAUAAAUGCAGGCAAAGUUCCGGCCAUCAUCGUGUUCGGAGACUCCUCGGUUGAUUCAGGAAACAACAACCAUGUUCGGACGAUUGUCAAAGCAAAUUUUCCGCCUUAUGGUCGUGACUUUCCUGGUGGUAAUCCCACCGGAAGGUUCUGCAAUGGUCGCAUUCCUCCUGAUUUCAUUUCGGAGGCAUUUGGGCUUAAGAAAAUUGUGCCACCAUACUUGCAUCCAUCGUAUGAUAUAAAAGAGUUUGCUACUGGUGUCUGCUUUGCCUCUGCUGGUACUGGCUAUGACCCUGCCACCUCCAAUAUCCUAAAAACCGUACCUCUAUCGAAGGAAGUGGACAACUAUAAGGAGUAUCAGAAGAAGCUGAGAGCCCAUCUAGGCGAGAAGAAGGCCAACGAAGUAAUAAGCGAGGCUUUGUAUGUUAUAAGCAUGGGAACGAAUGACUUUCUUGAGAACUACUAUCUUCAUCCCAUCACGCGUGGUAAAUACUCCAACUCUGUUGACAAGUAUAUAGAUUUUCUGGUUGGAAUUGCCGAAAAAUUCGUCAAGGAACUACAUAGCCUCGGAGCUAGGAAGAUUUCCCUCGGAGGGCUUCUACCAAUGGGGUGUUUGCCCAUGCAGAGAACUAAAAAUAUUGUCGGAGGAAAAGGAGAUAAAUGUGUGGAUGAUCUAAACACAGUGUCUAAGAAUUUCAAUUCCAAGCUGAGUAAUACGGUGCAAAAGCUAAACAAGGAGCUUUCUGGGAUAAAAUUGGUGUACGCAAAUGUUUACGACCUUUUCUAUGAAUAUAUCCAUAAUUCUUCAAAAUAUGGGUUCCAGGAUGGUGGAAAGGCAUGUUGUGCCACUGGAAGGUUCGAGCUUGGAUACUUGUGCAACAAAAUCAGUCCAUUUACAUGUAAAGAUGCAAAAAAGUUUGUGUUCUGGGAUGCUUUCCAUCCUUCUGAGGAAACAAACCGUAUCAUCUCGGAUGCUUUGGUUAAAAAUGGAUUACGUCAGUUCCUUUGA